CACCCAUCACUUACUAUUUCUUAAACCACCACCAUCUUCUCCAUUGCUCUUCACAAAUCCUCUCUUUGAUCAUUUUUCCAUUACCUUUUGCUCUGCAAGUGUUGGUUUAACAAUGGCAGAAACCAGUGUUGAUGGAGUUGAAACUCACCAUAGAAUAUCAGCUUCAGUGGCAAGUGAAGAUGGAAAAGAUCAUGUUCAAGACAUGGCCACACCUGAUGUGCUCAACACAGCAAUGAAGAUUGAGAGAGCUAAGGAGAUUUAUGAUUCUGCUUAUAACAUUGAUCAUGUUGUGGCCAAACCCACAAGUGGAGAAGUUUGGAUUUGGUAUUUGUAUGAGUUAUGCUCUUAUUUCAUUCAUAAUACUCUUAUACCUGUGCUUUUUCCACUCAUUAUCAGUCAAAUCUUGGACUUGCCUUCUGAACCUGAUAGAGGCUGGGGAUGGAGCCUUAAGGGCUUGUCAUGUAACCCAAAGGAAACCAAACUGUACGAAUCUCUAACACAUCCAUCCAUAUCUAUGAAUGACUCGAAAUUCUCUCCGUUAGAGUGGACAUCCUUUUCCUGGGGUAUAGGCUUGUUCUUAGCUGCUCCCAUUGUUGCUUCCAUUUCCACUUACCUUGAUCAUGGCCAGAACCAAAUACUAAUUACUGGGGCUGCAAUAGCCAUUGGAGCUUUCUUUUGUUUACCUUCAGGAUUCUUCAAUGUCACAUGGAUCUUCCCUCCAUAUAUUGCUGCUAUAGUUGCAGCUAGCAUUGUUGCUACAGCUUCUCACACCCGACAACUCGGUCUAAUGGUUCGAGGUUUCACAGGGCCAGCCAUUCAGCGAAGUCAAUUUCCUAUUCGCCGGGGGAUCUCUAGCUGGCUCUCACUUUAUGCCACUGCUGCUGGUGGCAUAGGAUCUGCCAUUAUCUCAACUUUCAUUUACCAUAUGCUUAAACAUGGGGAGAAAUUUAUAAGUCUUUGGGUUGUCUCAAUCUUCAGUGGCCUUAAAUGGCUUGCUGGUUUAUCCCAUGUCUUUUUUAUCAAACCUGGUGUACCAAACACACAAUCAGUGUCACCUAUGGCCCAUUUUCUCUCCAUUUUCAAAUACCCACAUGCAUUUGGAACCCUAAUUUUGACUUUUCUUUCCUCAUUUACUACAAUGUGCAUUUUCACAAGUGCAGUGCUCUAUCUAAUUGGGGAAUUAUGCUUUAAACCCUUAUUCAUACUCAUUUGCUGGCUAACUUAUUUCAUUUUCCCUCUUGUUUCAUUGCCACUAAUGCAUCCAAUUCAGCUAGCUCUUAAGGCCAAUGCAGUGAAAAUGAACCUGCUAGGGUUUUAUCUGUCAAUAGUUACUUCUGCAAUUGGGUUUUAUUUCAGGUCAAAGAUUUGGCAUAAGGGACAUGUAUUGGUUUUAGUUGGAUUACAAAGCAUAUCAGUAGGGCUUUUGCAUGGAUUUGGAAGGAUUCUGCUGAUAGAUUGCUCACCAAUUGGCAAAGAAGGUGCAUUUUCUGCAUGGUUCUCAUGGUUCAGAGCUGCUGGAACUUGUGCAGGGUUUGCAGUUGCAUCAGCAAUUCCUGGAAAUGUGAGCAGAGCUUUUGGGAUUGCAUUUACUACUUGCAUCUGUGGAAUGCUUCUGUUGAAUUAUGGAAACAUUAGUGAUUUUAAAGGAGCAAUGGCUGCUGGGCUUGUGCGUGAUGACGAUGCCUUGGAUGAUGAUGCCAUUGUUGAUAAACAUGGAAAGCUUCGGGAUGAAACAGUCGUCUAAGGAUUUCCCAACAAUAAAUUUAAUUAUAUAUAAAGUGUUUCUUUUAUUUAUUUUAAUUUUAAUUUGAGUUCGAAUUCGAUGUAAUCUUCAUGAUUUUCUAUGAUCUCCUCAUUUAUUUGAAUUUUGUUCAUUUGAUAAACAAUUUUUGAAG